UUUAUUUUGUUCACCUUCUCGACGACCAUCCUCAGACACCAUGUGCACAGGAGCCUGUUCCAAGUUCAUCGCCAUCCCCCUCUACGUGAUGGCGGCGGUGUCCAUCAUCUGCAACAUCAUGCUCUUCUUCCCGGACUUCAAAACGACGUACGCGUCCGAGGACGGAAAGGAAACGCCGCGCAUUACCCAGGAGGUCAAAUACAUGGCAGGCCUGAUCGGGGGAGGAGUCAUAGUCCUCAUUCCUGCCAUCCACAUCCACCUGACCAGCACUAAGAGCUGCUGUGCCAACCGCUGUGGGAUGUUCCUGUCCAUUGGUUUUGCAGCGCUGGGCGCGGUCGGCGCCGUGUACAGCCUGAGCGUGGCCGCCCUGGGCCUUUCCAACGGGCCCACCUGCUUGUGGAGCAACAUUUUGCACCCCAUCCCCGAAUGGGGGACGCCCUUCAACAACACCGGCGGGAGCUACCUGUCCGAUAAGGACCAGUGGACAUGGUGCAUACUGCCCAAGAACGUGGUGGAGUUCAACGUGGGCCUGUUCUCCACCCUGCUGGUGGCGGCGUGCGUGGAGCUCGUAUUCUGUCUCAUCCAGAUGAUCAACGGACUCUUUGGAUGUAUCUGCGGCACCUGCGGCAAAGAGUGAGCUCAACUACUACACACCAUGACCUCUUGAAGAAGAAAUGACGGGGAUCAUCAUCAUCAUCAUCAUCAUCGUAAUCAUCUUCAUUAAUGCAGCGCAGCCACUGUCCAAAUCAUCAUCGUUGUUUUAAAGUUCUUCAAGAGGAAUGACUGGGGUGAUCCAUGAAUUAUGAACUCCUCGACUAUUUACUUGUUUCGAUCGUAGACUGUAGAUGGUUCAAAACAAACAAGAAAUAUGUAUGUUGUAUUUGUAACUCUAUAUGUUUAAAGAUAUUUUGUAAUAAAGUUCUGAACAUAAGCUAACAGAGGAGGCAGACAAAAUAAAUGACUUGUGAAUGAAUACUGUAGUAUAGAGUAAC